GAGAAGGGUUGAGGUCUCAUGAAACGGGGAGACCAAGAGAUAUAUAUACCCCGUGGACAUCGCCUCUCGGAUUGUUCGGACAGACCAGCUUCAUCACGCAAUAACUACUAUACCCAAUUCACACUACCUCCUCUCAAAUUAAGUUUCACUCUCAAAGUCACUCACUGCCCAUCAUGAGCUACACACUCUACGACGCCGCCAUCCUCCACACCAAGGAAGCCCUCAACUCCCUAUCCUCCAUCCUCAAAAAGGCCGAAUCCCACGCCAACUCUGCCUCAUUCCCCACCGCCAAACUGGCCCCUGACAUGCUGGACCUCAGCUUCCAGGUCUACUUCACCACCGACACAGCGCAAAAGAUCGUCGCGCGCACAACCGGCACAGAGCCCCUCACCCUCUCUCGCGACGAGUGCACCACAUUCCCUCAAUUCCACGCUCGCAUUGCCCAGGUCCUUGAAGUUGUUGAGAAGGCUGACCGAGAGCUUGUCGAGAAGCGUGGUGCUGAGGUUGUCACUAUUGGCCUUGGCCCCGGAAAGAGUGCGGAUAUGAAGGUUCGGGAUUAUGUGCAGGGAUAUGGAAUUCCUAAUGUCUUCUUCCAUUUGACUACGGCGUAUGCGAUUUUGAGAAAGGAGGGCGUUGAGUUGGGGAAGCAGGAUUAUAUCGGUGCUUUCAUGAACCAGUACUUCUAAUCCUGGACAGUAAUUCAGCUGUUGGAUUGGGAUCAAUAAAAGUGAUUUGACGUUCA